AUGGGGCAAAAACCAUCGCAGUUGGCUCCGAAGGACAGCAGAGAGAUUCUCAGCGUCGGUGAGGUGGUCAGUGGAGCUAUAGUGCAUGCGGCUCAGAAACUGAAGGAGUACCUUGGAUUUGAAGACCCUCUGAGCAAUCUAUGCCCAGCUGCAAACACGCUGAAUGAGAUCUUCUUAAUCCACUUCAUCACUUUCUGCCAAGAAAAGGGAGUUGAUGGGUGGCUCACCACCACCAAGAUGACCAAGCACCAAGCGUUACUGUUUGGGGCGGAUUGGAUUUGGACCUUCUGGGGAUCCGAUAAGCAAAUAAGGCUCCAGCUGGCAGUACAGACUCUGCGGAUGUCUUCUCUUCCUCCUGUGGAAUCUAAGCCUUGUGAGCUCUCUAAUUCAGAGUCCAGGGCAGAGGGGUCUUCCAGGAAAAGCAGAUUUGCUAAGCUGGAAGAAUUCUGUAACUUGAUAGGAGAGGAUUGUCUGGGCCUGUUUAUCAUCUUUGGUGUGCCAGGAAAGCCUGAAGACAUCAGAGGAGUUGUCCUGGACAGUGUCAAAAGUCUGCCCGCAGAGAAGGCUGUGGCACAGUUUGUCCUGGAAACUGAAGAUUGUGUCCCCAUCAGAGAGCUGCUUGGAAACUGUCUGAGUAAGAAAGGCGGGCUGAGAGAGGUGGGCAACGUUUAUAUUAGCAUCCUCUGA